UCUCCUUCCACUUCACGCCUCCUCCUCCUCUUCUUCUUCGUCCUCCUUUUCUUCUCUCUCUACUCGGCAUCAUUCCAAGCAUCUUCCCCAUUUCAACACGUUCUUCAUACCCAGCCAUUCACGCUUUUAUACACAUAUAUACACAUACGUAGAAAGAAACAAGGGAGUUCAAUAUAAAUGGAAAUCCCAGAAAUCAGCAUAAUAACCGAUUUUGGAGCUGCUGGAAUGGAUUGCCUGCAAAACCCAUCUUUAAUUUCUGGAGUCUUCUCUCUCUCCAACUUAACCACCCAAGUGUACAGUUUCUGGAAAUGGGGUGCAGUAAUUAUAGCCAUUUUUGCAACUUUCAGCAGCAUCAUUAAAAGAAUCAAAGUCAUUCACAUUCGCAGGAUCAAAUCCUCUUCGGAAUCCCUCCUCCAACACCUCGACAUUGAUUUGGACCUCAGCGACGAUGAUGAUUCCACCAAUGAUUCGUCGCGGGCCUCAUCCGAUAGCGAGGAUGACGACCACAGCCCGACUUCUACGGCGUCGUUUCUUAAUCCUUUCUCAGGCGAUAGAGAUUUUCGCCUUAAGGGCUCGACUAAUUAUUACAAAAGCCAGGGGCAAAAUGGUCAUUUGAGACUCCGACGCCACCGCCAGAAUGAACGCUCCGGUGGUUGCGAGGGAUUGGCAUGGCCAGAUUUUGGCGCCGGAAACGGCGUUGUUAAGCUGUGGGACAGUUUAGGAUUAAGCUUAGGUUUCGAUUCUUUUGAUGAUUAUUCGGAUUCCGACAGCGUUGUUUCGUUGUGGGAUUUUGAUAAAGAGAAGAAGAUAAGCGAUGCUUUUGGUGGCUUGGGUGAUUCUCCGGAGGCUUUUGUGGCGGCGGUGCCGUCUCGCCCGGUGGUUUUGUCAGCUAAGGCGGGUGAUAAUAGCAACGGCGUCGUACUGGGUGCCUAUGACACGAGAAUGGGAGGUCAAAAGCCAGCUCUAUACGCGGAAUGGGGCCGGUCAAGCUCGCCGGCGAAGGUGGUCGGUCUGAAAUCCGGCGGUGUUGAUAAGGUUUACGUUAGGGAUGACGUCAGCGGGGCUUUAACGGUAGGUGACGUGCGGAGAGUGAAGACUCCGCUGGAAACUGUGACGGAGACUGACGGCGAUUUAUGGUGGGACGCUGACGCCGUUAUUCUCGAGGACGAGUUUGCUGACUGUUCAAAAUAACUGCUCGGUCAGCUCCUACUCAGUUGGGCCUGACGACCCGGUUGUUGGAUCGUGUGGACGCGGUCUGUUAAGACUCAUGAAUAGAUAAAUUUGUACGAAGAUUCAGAUCAUCGACUGUAACUCGGGACUGGGACCAGUUGUCGGUGAAUUAUAAAAUAUAUUUGAUCUUAUUUUUGUGGAAAAUGGAAAUCCACAUAGUUAAGUCUUUUGGAAAGACCUCACACUUGUCUGUAAAUAUUUGUUUCAUCGUAAAAUAGGAAUAUUCCUAUUCAUAUCUUAAGAUAAGAACACUCAAGAUUAUCUUAA